AUGGUGCCAGAGCUUGAGGAACCCAAGCAGAUAGCUCAUCCUAAUACAUCCACCAUCGAGUCCGAGCGACACGGGUUUGAAGCGCACAUAUGGAGGCCUUGUCAAACUCUGGCAAACAAAGCGCUCCAGGACCUUGUCACCUAUAUUCGACACCCUGUCUUCCUUCCAUCGUUUGCGGGAGCUCUGCUAUACCUGACGGUUCUAUCAUUCUCCGGGCAAAUGAUCACCUGGCUCCUGUCGACAGGCUAUGACUCCGCUCUGAUUGCUACCACAAGAACUUUAUCUGUCGCUUGUGAGUUUCUGGCGACCUGGAUUGCACCCUGGCUCAUGGAAAGAAUCGGAACAACCCGUGCUGGACUUUGGCUUGCAUGUUGGCAGAUCGCGUGCCUAGUCGCAGGGAUGUCUGUUUUUUGGGAUUUUAAGGAGGCUCCGCUGGUGUCAGCAUCUGGUAUUGUGGGUGGCACAAUUCUGAGUCGUAUUGGCUUGAGGGGUUUCGACCUGUGUACACAAAUCAUUGUGCAAGAGGGCGUUGAUGCGAGUACACGAGGCUCAUUUUCAUCUACUGAAGCUGCGUGGCAGAAUCUCUUCGAGAUCUGCUCCUACAUUGCCACCAUUGUGUUCUCACGACCGGAUCAAUUCCAAUGGCCUGUUCUGAUCAGUGUUGUAGCAGUUGCAUUCGCGGGCUUCCUUUACGCCGCCUUUGUUCGGAUUCAACGAGGGCAUUUGAUUCACAUUCCUAAGUGUUUGGCCUCUGAUGGGAUAAGGGGGUCAAGACAGCGCGCCUGGGACAUUGUUACUUCGUCUGACUUCUAG